CUGAGAGGACAGCCUGGACCUUGUGGAGCUCUCAUACUGGCCACCCAGGGGCCCCAAAACUGCCUGAGCAGGGGCCACAGACCCCUUCUCCUCCAUGUAGGGCUCGGCCAGGACUCAGCUUGGUGGUGGGGCUUUGGGUUGGGGCUUUGGAAGGGGGUGCCAGGACUGGUUUUGGGGGGCAGACCAUGAGUGACAGGAGGAGAUCCGCAGUCACUCUCAGCUCCAGAGCUCAUGCCUUCUCGGUGGAGGCUCUGAUCGGGACAAACAAGAAGAGGAAACUCCGGGACUGGGAGGAGAAGGGAUUGGAUUUGUCCAUGGAGAGCCUGAGUCCUCAUGGAGAGCUGGGGGAAGGAGAGGACACUGCUCACUGCCUGGACCUCAACCCUGAUUCGGAGCAUAGCACCAGCUCGGACACGGAGGUCUUGGCUGAGAGGACAUCCUGCUCCUAUGAGUCAUGUCCAGACCUUGCCCCAUCCCGGGUUCCUGAUCCCCAGGCCCUCUCGGUGUCUUCGAUGGACGAGAUUCAGGUGGAGCUGCAGUGUGCCGACUUGUGGAAGAGGUUCCAUGACAUUGGCACGGAGAUGAUCAUUACCAAGGCCGGCAGGAGGAUGUUCCCAGCCAUGCGAGUGAAAAUCUCUGGCCUGGAUCCCCAUCACCAAUAUUAUAUUGCCAUGGAUAUCGUACCGGUGGAUAAUAAGCGAUACAGAUACGUCUAUCACAGCUCCAAGUGGAUGGUUGCCGGGAAUGCAGACUCCCCAGUUCCCCCGCGUGUUUAUAUCCACCCAGACUCCUUAGCAUCAGGUGACACUUGGAUGAGGCAGGUGGUCAGUUUUGACAAACUCAAACUCACCAACAAUGAACUGGACGAUCAAGGCCACAUAAUCCUGCACUCAAUGCACAAAUAUCAGCCACGGGUCCACGUAAUCCGUAAGGAUUUCAGCAGCGAGUUAUCACCCACAAAGCCAAUCCCAUCCGGUGACGGAGUGAAAACUUUCAACUUCCCUGAGACUGUCUUCACAACUGUGACGGCGUACCAGAACCAGCAGAUUACGAGGUUAAAAAUUGACAGAAAUCCAUUCGCCAAAGGAUUUCGGGACUCUGGACGAAACCGCACGGGUCUGGAGGCCAUCAUGGAGACGUACGCUUUCUGGAGGCCACCCGUCCGCACUCUUACCUUUGAAGAUUUUACGACCAUGCAGAAGCAGCAAGGUGGAAGCACAGGGACAUCUCCCACCACUUCCAGCACUGGGACACCGUCUCCUUCCUCCCACCUGCUCUCCCCAUCAUGCUCACCACCCACCUUCCACCUGGCACCUAACUCCUUCAAUGUUGGCUGUAGAGAAAACCAGCUGUGCAACUUAAAUCUCUCAGAGUACCCGGCCUGUGCCAGGAGCAACAUGGCAGCUCUUCAGAACUACCCUGGACUGAGUGAUAGUGGAUACAACAGACUGCAGAGUGGAAACUCCUCUGCCCCUCAAGCCUCCGAGACCUUUAUGCCCCAGAGGACUUCAUCCUUGAUCUCUGGGAUGCCCACUUCAACAUCUCUACAAAACAACAGCAAAAUGGAAUCGUACGGUGGCCAGCUGGGGUCAUAUCCAAGUUCCCAGUUUCAGUAUGUGAUGCAGACGGGCAGCCCUUCCUCCAGCUCCUCAUCGUCACACAUGUUUGGUAGCAGCCACAUGCAGCAGAGCUCCUACAACGCAUUCUCUAUUCACAAUCCUUAUAAUCUGUAUGGAUACAACUUCCCAGCCUCUCCCCGCUUGGCGGCAAGCCCAGAGAAACUCGCUGCACCCCAAGGCACUUUACUCUGCUCUUCUCCAUCCAAUGUUGCUUUUGGGGACAGGCAGUACCUCUCCACUGGCAUGGAGACGAUGCACAUGAUUGGGAGCCCUUCAGCCAAUCAGCAGGCAACAAACCCCUGUGACAGCAGACAGUACGGAGCUGUCCCUGGCUCCUCACAGAUGUCUGUGCACAUGGUUUAAUUGAGGUGUGGUUGGCCAAAGAAAGACAUUCUGAACCAUAUGUGCCUUAAAAGGACAAUAUCAGCCUGAGGAUUCUUGAUAGAAAUCCAGUUCUCACAUUUCGGGACAGCAAACAGAGCAAAAUACGUGCACCAUUUAUAACGAGUAGUCACGUGGACUCGUUAAAUAGACUUAUUAUGUGUUACACCUUUUAGUGGCCUUGACUGAUACCCAACACCUUCCUGAAGAAGCUUAACAAAUUGAGUAAUACUUCAAGGUUCCAACACUAUCCACCUCAAUGGGAAAGUUUAUCAAAUCUCCCCUUAAUACUUCCUCUACAGUUAGAUGAAAGAGGACUAAAGUAUUGUUUUUGCACCAGUCUAAAACGUGGGAGACUUUGAUAAACUCAACUCACUGGGAUGGACAACCUUUUAGUCAUGUAGGGUGGACAUUGAAACAUUAGUGUGUGGCUCGGGCGGGAUCCGCCAGUAGUGGUUUGUAUCAUGUUGAAUAUUAUGAUACCCAAUCUAAUAGUCUCCAAGAUAAAGCAUGAUCCAUCUAAGAGUGGUAUGGAAAAUGAGACUGUGCUUUCUCACCGCUGUAUUUGGCCAUUUUUACUUUGGAUAGUUUUAUGUUUGGGAUGAACUUGUGACUUUGUGUGUAGGAACGGCUGCUGGGAGAUCAGCGGAUGAAGAUUAGACAUUAUUGGCAAAUGAGGGAGAUAAAAUAUUCUGAUUUAUUUAGAAACCAUCGAGUGUACUGAAGUGGAAAGUGAGUAGAAAAUGUUUGGACAGUUAUCUGAGUUCAGGAGCUACUUAAUGUUGGGAAAAAAAGUACAAAACACAUGCCUCAGGGGCAUGGGGGCACCUGGUAAUUUGGCAUUAACUCUUUCAGUGCUUAAACAGAAGCUCUCUCCUCAUCACUUGAAGAGUUAAGAUUUUCUAUCACCAAAAUUAAAUUAUUUACAUGGAAAAUUAUGUUUCAACUGAUUAUAAAGAGAGGAUUGCAUUUAUAUAAAAUGUUCCAGGCAAUGGAGAAAUGAUUGAACAUGGAGAAAGAAAUGUUAGAAUUUUUACCAUUUUAUACCAAUCAGGGUCCGUCCUACACUGACAUGGCUCCCACUGUAUAGUGAGCCUGCAUGGACAGCAAACGGGUCAGGUUUAACAUGAAAAAUAUCAUCACAAGUACGUCUCUUCAUUGUCUAUAGUGAAACACCUUCUCUUCAUUCUUACUUUGAUAGGAAAUGUAGUCUCAUUCAUCCUUACUCUCCUCAUCUAUUCUCUGAUAGGAAAGUUCUCCCUUAAUGCUGUCACACUGCGCUAUGUCACCUCCCAAUAUCUAUACGGUCUGUGCUAUGUCACCUCCCAUUAUCUAUACGGUCUGUGCUAUGUCACCUCCCAUUAUCUCUACGGUCUGUGCUAUGUCGCCUCCCAUUAUCUAUACGGUCUGUGCUAUGUCACCUCCCAUUAUCUAUACGGUCUGCGCUAUGUCACCUCCCAUUAUCUAUACGGUCUGCUCUAUGUCACCUCCCAUUAUCUAUACGGUCUGUGCUAGGUCACCUCCCAUUAUCUAUACGGUCUGCGCUAUGUCACCUCCCAUUAUCUAUAUGGUCUGCACUAUGUCACCUCCCAUUAUCUCUACGGUCUGUGCUAUGUCACCUCCCAUUAUCUAUACGGUCUGCUCUAUGUUACCUCCCAUUAUCUAUACGGUCUGAGCUAUUUCACCUCCCAUUAUCUAUACGGUCUGUGCUAUGUCACCUCCCAUUAUCUAUACGGUCUGCUCUAGGUCACCUCCCAUUAUCUAUACGGUCUGUGCUAUGUCACCUCCCAUUAUCUAUACGGUCUGCUCUAUGUCACCUCCCAUUAUCUAUACGGUCUGUGCUAGGUCACCUCCCAUUAUCUAUACGGUCUGUGCUAUGUCACCUCCCAUUAUCUAUACGGUCUGCUCUAUGUCACCUCCCAUUAUCUAUACGGUCUGUGCUAUGUCACCUCCCAUUAUCUAUACGGUCUGCUCUAUGUCACCUCCCAUUAUCUAUACGGUCUGCGCUAUGUCACCUCCCAUUAUCUAUACGGUCUGUGCUAGGUCACCUCCCAUUAUCUAUACGGUCUGUGCUAGGUCACCUCCCAUUAUCUAUACGGUCUGUGCUAUGUCACCUCCCAUUAUCUAUACGGUCUGUGCUAUGUCACCUCCCAUUAUCUAUACGGUCUGCUCUAUGUCACCUCCCAUUAUCUAUACGGUCUGCGCUAUGUCACCUCCCAUUAUCUAUACGGUCUGCGCUAUGUCACCUCGCAUUAUCUAUACGGUCUGCGCUAUGUCACCUCCCAUUAUCUAUACGGUCUGCGCUAUGUCACACCCCAUUAUCUAUACUGCCUGUGCUAUGUCACACCCCAUUAUCUAUACUGCCUGUGCUAUGUCACACCCCAUUAUCUAUACGGCCUGUGUUAUGUCACACCCCAUUAUCUAUACGGCCUUUGCUAUGUCACACCCCAUUAUCUAUACGCCCUUUGCUAUGUCACACCCCAUUAUCUAUAGGGCCUUUGCUAUGUCACACCCCAUUAUCUAUACGCCCUUUGCUAUGUCACACCCCAUUAUACAUACAGUCUGUGCUAUGUCAUGGUAAAGAGCCAUCACUGUGCAAAGGAAAAAGUAAAGAAUUGUACUCGGUUUCUUCCACCUGUCACAUGGCCACACUACAGAACAUUCAUAGCCAGAUAUAUAGAGCUUUAUGACCAAACACCUCCGUACAGCUGUGGUCUCCAUUUAUAAUGUGACUGAAUCUGAAUGUUCUUCAUGUAACACAUUCUAAGAACAAACAUAAUCCGACACAAUACGUUUCUAGGGAUAAAAUAUCUCUCGCCUUAAACAAUCUGUGUCCAUCACCUAUUACUUCCUCGAUCUACACAUCUGAUAUCUAUCUCAGGAUGACAGCUCGGACAAGAAUAAAUGCAUUGGAUCACCAAAAAACUAAAUAGAACAGUCACUCAGUAAAUUAUAUAUUUGUAUUCUCUACUUAACAUUAAUCUUGUGGUCGGGAUGCUCACAAUUCUCUGUGUUAUAUUUCAUAAUGUAUCUCCUUUAAACAUAACGCAACGUAGACUUAAUACUUGCAAACUUUCAGGAAUGAAAGAUCUUGAUAUAUGGACUUGAUAGGUGACUUAACUCAUGAACCAAAGACCGUGAUGCCUUGUAUUGUCCUGAACUAAAGGUGUUGAUCCAUGUUUAUAAUCAUGAACCAAAGACCUCGAUGUUUGUGUUUUUCAGAAACCAAAAAUCUUGAUGCAGAAACCAAAGACCUUGGUUCCUCAUGAACCAAACAUUUUAUUGUAUGUUCUCAUGAUCGAAAGACCUCAAUACAAGUACUUUUCAGAGUCCAUAACCUUUAUGGAUGUCCAUACCCAUUAUCAAAGACCUCCCUGUCUGUUCUUCUCUUAAAGGAAAGAUAUUGAUGUUUGUUCUUAGACACAACCCUGGGACCUUGAUACAUGUUCACAUGCAUCAACCUAAGGCUUUGCAUUUUUAUCGUAGAUCCCACGUACAGGGCACACGUUGAGAUGUCAGUGGCUACAGCUUAAUGGUGUGGUUUGCUUAUUCAGAUCUACCACUUCCUUUUGGGUUGCUGUUUAAGCUGAAGAUAACAGCAGCAGCAGGUUAGCCCACCUUGGUCAAAAAGCAAUGAGUUACAACAGCUUUUCCCAGCCUUGAUUGAAUGUACACAUGGAGCGUGCCUGAACCCACUAUUUAUAUCAGCUGUGUAACACCACCGGUUUUCUCAUUCAGUCCUUUCUUCACGUUCAUUUGUCUCAGUUUAUAGAGCCCAACGGCCCAUCGCAGUCCUGCCUGUAUAUAUCAAGUCUAUCCCCAUCAGCAUGUGCAGAACUGCUGGAACGUCGAAAUCACCAGUAUUAAACCUCGUACUGACUGUUUCAAAACAUUUCAAGAUAACCGGACAUUUACAAAAAUCAGCCAGCGAACCACGUGUUUACUGCCUUUGGCCUGAACAAUGCCUUAAAGCUUUCUAUCAGAUAAUCUGAUAAACCACUGAUUCUUUGAAAAAAAUGCUAAAUAUAUAAAUAUAUAUAAAUAUAUAUAUAUAUAUCCAAAAUUGAAUUUGUGUGACAUUGCAAAGUAUAACGUAAUGAGAUUUGUGUUUUGAAAUGUUGUAGAUACUGUUAUUUAAGUGCAUAGAAUGCAAGCAGUGAUUAAUCUGUAACAUACACUGUGCUCUAUGUACUCUGUCUCUAAGUGCCAAGCACAGGCAGAAACUCAAUAAAUAUUCUCACUCUUCUU